GCGCGUUUCCCGUCGUGCACCGCAAGGCGGUCGGGGAGAGCGCGGCAAGAUGGCGGACGUUCUGGAUCUGCACGAGCCGAGCGGCGAGGACUUCGCCAUGGACGAGGAUGGCGACGAGAGCAUCCACAAGCUGAAGGAGAAGGCCAAGAAGCGGAAAGGCCGCGGCUUCGGCUCGGAGGAAGGAUCGCGAGCGCGCGUGCGGGAGGAUUAUGACAGCGUGGAGCAGGACGGCGAUGAGCCGGGGCCGCAGAGGUCGGUGGAGGGUUGGAUCCUUUUUGUCACCGGCGUUCACGAGGAGGCGACGGAGGAGGACAUCCACGACAAAUUCGCUGAAUACGGCGAGAUCAAAAACAUCCACCUGAACCUGGACAGACGGACGGGGUACCUGAAGGGUUACACGCUGGUGGAGUAUGAGACGUACAAAGAGGCGCAGGCUGCCAUGGAGGGGCUGAACGGGCAGGAGCUGAUGGGGCAGCCGGUCAGCGUGGAUUGGUGCUUUGUCAGAGGGCCCCCGAAGGGAAAGAGGAGGGGCGGCCGCCGGCGGAGCAGGAGUCCAGACAGGAGGCGCCGGUGAUGGAGCCCACGCGUCACCAGUUCAAACUGGGGGGAACUGGGGGAGGAUGGGAGCAUUGGGCAUUUGGGGAGCAGCUGUCGGAGCGGAACGGUUCAGUGCUCCCAUGGGGUGGGGGAACGGGAUGGGGGGUGGGGGGUUGGGGCUGAGUUCUGCUUCUCUUGGAGCUGAGCUCGGCCGCUUCAGCAAAGUGUUUCGCCCCAUUUCUCAGUCGUUUCACUUGGUGCAGCCGGGGGGGUGAUGUGGUUCGGCUGCACUCCUGGGGGGGAGCGCUGAGCUCUGUGCUCACAGACGUUGUGUCUGCCCGCCCAGCACCGCGGGACGGACCUUUCUUCACUCACAGCCUUUCCAGUGAUUUUUAUUUUCAGUCCCCUCGUUCUCUUGUUGUUUGGUCUUCAUUAAAACCGAGCUGAGCUCCGCCUCCUA